CUAGGGACAUUCCCUUCAAGGCAGCCCAUAACAUAACAUUGUUCAAAACUUUCUAGUCCAGUAAACAUCACUGCACUAGAGUAUUAAAUUAGCUAGCUAGCUAUGGCAGAGUCCGUGGACGACUGGUUUCCCCUUCCCCCUGUCAAGAGAAAGAAGCUCUCCUCCACGAGUGAGAGUAGUGAUCCAGAGAUGGUGGAGCAGAUCAUCAGUGGAGAUGACAAUGAGAAGGUUACUCGCAAGGACUUUGAGUUGCUCAGUGUGUUGGGCACAGGAGGUUAUGGUAAAGUGUUUCUGGUGCGGAAGGUCAGUGGAGUGGGAACAGGCAAACUGUACGCCAUGAAGGUGCUCAAGAAGGCUAGCAUAGUGCGCAAGAGGAAGGUGAUGGAGCACACACUGACAGAGAGGAGUGUGCUAGAGGCCAUCAGGGACUUCCCCUUCCUUGUUACCCUGCACUAUGCAUUUCAGACUGACACCAAGCUUCACCUCAUUCUGGACUAUGUGUGUGGUGGGGAGCUGUUCACACACUUGCAUCAUAUUGGUCCCUUCACUGAGACCCAUGCCAGGAUGUACGCUGCUGAGAUAACACUGGCCUUGGAGCAUCUACAUCAUCUGGGCAUUAUCUAUCGUGACAUCAAGCUGGAGAAUAUUCUCCUGGACAGAGAUGGUCAUAUCAUCCUCACUGACUUUGGACUCAGCAAAGAGAUGCUUCCUGAACAGGUGACCCACUCCUACUGUGGCACUGUCGAGUACAUGGCUCCUGAGAUAGUGCGUGGAGGGGAGGCAGGUCACAACAGAGCAGUGGACUGGUGGUCACUGGGGGUCCUCCUCUAUGAGCUGCUCACUUGUGAGUCUCCAUUCGCUCAAAGUGGGGACGACAACUCACAGAGGGAGAUAUCAAAACGUAUCCUCCACUCGAGUCCCUCCAUUCCGUGUGACAUCUCCUCCAGUUGCCAACAUCUCCUCCUCUCACUCAUGGAGAAGGUACCACAGGAGAGGCUGGGUUACCAUGGCGCCAAGGACAUCAAAUCACAUCCAUGGUUCAAGGACAUCGAUUGGUCGGACAUCCUGGCUAAGAAAGUAGCCCCUCCCUUCCAACCGUACAUCACUGAUGAUUUGGACGUGGGUAACUUCUCUGAUGAGUUCACAGCGCUCACUCCAGUGGACUCCCCUGCUCAAGCACCCACCAAACAUGCAGACAUCUUCAGAGGUUACUCGUUCAUUGCCACUCCUGUUCUGUUUUCUGAUAACAUCUUCUCCCUCUCCAAGAAGCCCAACGGAGGAGUCUCCCUUCCCUCAAAACUCAUGAACCCAGCCUUCCUGCAACAGUACAGCCUGGGUGACAAGCUCCUGGGCGUGGGCAGCUUCUCCACCUGUAGAGUGUGUACAGAGAGAGCUACUGGCACUGAGUAUGCUGUCAAGAUCAUCAGUCAGAGAUACAAUCCCACGCAUGAGGUGUCCAUCCUCAAGUUGUGUCAAGGCCACCCGAACAUUGUAGGGCUGAAAGAUGUCUUUACAGACCAGCUGCACGUGUACAUUGUCAUGGAGCUCAUGAUAGGAGGGGAGUUGUUGGAGAGGCUCAAACAGAAGCACAGUUUCACCGAGGCCGAAGCUAGCACCAUAUUCAGACAACUAGUGUCUGCCGUGUCUUAUAUGCAUCAGAAGAAUGUAGUGCACAGAGAUCUCAAGCCAGAGAACCUUCUGUUUGCCACGACUGGUGAGAACUCGUCCAUCAAAGUGGUGGACUUUGGUUUUGCUCGAGUGCAUGCUGGUGAGAACCCGACCCUGACCACCCCCUGCUACACCCUGGCCUACGCUGCUCCUGAGGUGCUGUCCACCAGACAAGACCACGGCUACACUGAGGCAUGUGACCUAUGGAGUCUUGGGGUCAUUCUGUAUGCAAUGAUUUGUGGCCAUGCCCCCUUCUACGGUCAGAGUGCAUCGACUGAGGAGAUCAUGCUGCGUAUUCAAAAGGGCCAGUUCUCCUUCGAGAGCAGCGAGUGGUCCUCCGUAUCUCAGGCUGCUAAGAGCAUCAUUGAAGGCCUCCUAACAGUGGACACCCAGCACAGACUCACACUGAGGGACCUCUCUUGUCACCCGUGGUUGAAACCUCAAUCCGCCCCCUCCACACCUCUACACAUUACACCCCUCCACAAAGGCACAGCCACGGCUCUCAAGCACACCUUCCAUGCCUUCUACCAAGCCACCAAGGCCGGCUUCACUCUCGGGGAUGUGUCCAGGGCACGCUUGGCCAAGAGACGGAAAGAUAAGCGAGGAACACACUCUAGAUUGGAACAAGUGGUACCCUCUCAAUCGUCAGCUGAUGGAUCUGUCGUGAGACCAAGUCAGCUGGGAUUAAACGCUCUUAGAACUUGAAGCAUUUUAUGUCCGUUUAAUUAUUUUAAUUAUUUUAAUUACUUUUUUGCACAUUAUUUUUAUGCCUGAACAUUAAAACAUUUUGUGUAUAAUAACUACGCUUUUACUAAUUGUG